GCCCCCACCCCUCCUCUCUCUCUCUCUCUCUCUCUCUCUCUCUCUCUCUCGAUUGCUCCAUUCUGGGCGCUGGGCAGGAAGCAGGUUUGUCCGUUGGGAAGUCUGUUCUCAGUCUGCUCGCUGCUGCGCUCAGUCUGCGGCCUGUGCUCCCCACUCACUCUGUCAGCUGCUUUCCGCUAGCGCCUUCGGUCCUGUGUGGGCCCCAUCCUGUGUCUCCUCCUCAGUCAAUCCCUCCGCCCCCACUCUGCGUCCCUCUCUCUCUCUCUCCGGUCCCUGGGCGCACAGACAACCCUCCCCUCCCCUCAGGGCCAGGCUGCUCGCUCCCCGCCUCGGAUGGACAUCUUCCUCGGUGCUCGGACCUACUUGGCUGCUCACGGCGUCCUGGUGUGCGAAGAUGACCGGGAAGAUCUCGAAGAUGAUCAGGUCUUCACCCAGGAUUCCGAGCCCCAUGCCGCCAUCGUCCAGUCGGAUGCAGCCUACGCCGACCGGUCAUCUGACAGCAGCGGGACCUCCUCUCCCGCUGGCCCAGCCCCUCCGCACGACGAGGAUCCCGAGAGACAGCUGCAGAAGAGGAGAAUGGUGCUGAGCAAACUGCUGGAGAAUGAGAGGGUCUAUAUCUUAGAGCUGGAGAGCCUACUGGUGCCCCUGCGACCACUGAAGGCUGCGGCCUAUACAUCCCAGCCAGUGUUAACCAGCCAAGAGAUCCAGACCAUAUUCUUCAAGGUCCCGGAGCUCUGCGACAUCCACAGGGAUUUCUACUCCAGGCUGAAGGAGCGUAUCCAGGACGCGGACGAUUCCAGACCCAUCGCUGACCUCUUCCAGCAACUGGUGAAGCAGUUUGGGGUUUAUCGUGCGUUCAUUAGCAACUACCCAGUCGCCGUGGAGACAGCUGAGAAAUGCAUUCAGAGCAAGGAUCAGUUUAAACAAAUUGCUGAGAAAAUGUGGAUGAAACACACCAAGGAGUCGAAGGAAAGCCCGACCACAAUCACACUGGAAGCACUCCUGCACAAGCCUGUGAGCCACUUGACGAGGGUCACCCUUCUGAUUCGGGAACUGCUAAACAACACACCCAGCGAUCAUUCCGAUUUCGAUGUUCUGGAAGGAGCUCUCAUUAACUCCAACAAUUUUCUCACUGCAACCAAUCAAAACUUUCAUCACAAGAGUUCACUUCUUAAUAAUGAUUCAGCAAAGGCCCAGCGUUUGGUGAAGGAUGGUUUCGUGGUGGAAGUGUCUGAGAACUCUCGGAAAUUGCGGCACAUCUUCCUUCUAUCCAACCUCUUCUUCUGUGCCCGAUUGAGGAAGCUUAUUGGGAGGCAGCUGCAGUACAAGUGCGAGUGGUACAUCCCCCUGGAGGACCUCAGCUUCCAAAGCCAGAGUGAGAUCCACCUGAUGGCUCCCCGCAGCUUCCAGACGGUGGCCAAGCACGACAUCGAGGAGGUCAAGGGUCAGCUGAUGGAGACCAAGAUCGAGAUCUACCUGGAGAAGAAACAGAAUAAGAGAUUAGACAGGCUGAAGAAGAAACUCGUGGACAUUGAGUCCUGGCUCCUGCUGAACUCACCAUCCAUCCCCCUCGGACUGCAGAACAGGAACGGCAAGAGCUACCUCUUCCUCUUGUCGUCGGCGUACGAGCUCCACGAUUGGCGGGAAAGCAUCGAGAGGCUGCAGAAGCACGGCCUGCCGGAUUUUGCCAUGACCCCCUAUGAGACACAGAGCCUCAUCAAUGCCUACAUGGGGCAAAGGGCCACUCGCAAUCCCCCGCUCCACAGCAACAUAGAAGAAUCCGAAGACAGCAUUCUGCGAGGGACAAUUAGCCUGAAGAUUCACGGGAUAUCGGGAUUCACGCAACCUCUCAAUGUGUACUGCUGUUUCGAGGCUGACUGCAAUGGUUAUUUUGAGAAGAAAGCUCAGACGACAGUUAUAACCGAUGUUAUAAACCCAAAGUGGGAGGAUGAGAUCGAUAUCCAACUGGACAGAGCUGAGGGGCUGAGAGUCCUGGUGUGGGAGCAGCACGAUUACCGGACCUCAUCCGAGAACAAGGAGCGAUAUGAGGGAGAUCGGCUCAUCGCCAAGUCUCAGAUCGAGCUUGAUCCCAGAUCACUGCAAUCGAAGGAAUGGAAAGACCGUGUCAUUGCGAUGAAUGGGCAUGAGAUGACCUGCUCCAUGAGGUACCUGCACCAAAGCCUCAGCCAACUGGAUGAACUGUCAGGAGCUCCGCGUGGUAUCUUUGGCGUUCCCAUCAGCAUUGUCACCUACCGGGAUCGCAGCCGGGUCCCGCUGAUCGUGCGGCACUGCGCAGAGGACGUGGAGCGACGUGGGCUGGACGAGCUGGGAAUCUACCGGGUCUCGGGCAUUGCCACCGAUGUCCAGACCCUGAAGGCGGCGUUUGAAAGCAACACAAAGGAAGCCCUGCUCCAACUGAAAAAUUACGAUAUUAACGUUGUGGCUGGCACGUUAAAGUUGUACUUGCGUGAACUUCCAGAACCCUUGCUGACCGAUGAACUUAUCCCCUCCUUUGUCAGCGCCGUCGCCCUGGAGGACCCAGUUGCCAAGGAGCAGCAGAUGAUGUCACUGCUGAAUCAACUCCCUGAGCCGAAUCUGAACACCUUCAUGUACCUGAUGAAACAUCUCAUAAGGGUGACAGAACAUGAACAGGUCAAUAAAAUGACACUACAUAAUUUGGCCACUGUCUUUGGACCAUCAAUGCUUCGCAUAAAGAAUGAGGGAGAGCCCAAGAACAUCUCACAAGAGGUCGUGGCCCAAGUGCAGGUGGUUUACUACUUCCUCUCCGAUGAUAAAGUUUCCAAUGUGAUCCAGCGGCAGCGGACUGAGUCAGUUUCCCUGCAUCUGUGAGGCCAGUGAUCAGCCGCCAAUUUGUAAAUAAAGCGUCCUUGGACCGAA